ACAAUGAGUAUUCUCCCUGACCAGGUUCCUUUGGCCCCACUCAUGGAGAAGGAAGUAUUUGGCACAGGAGUCCAUAUCAAAGAAGAACUCAACAAAGUUGUCACCAAAGAAAUAGAGAUUGAAAUUAAAGAAGAAGUGUAUGAUCAUGCAGAUGAAGUGAGUGAAGUGAAAGUGGAAAAUGAAUUUCUUUCCUUCAGGGAUCUUCAAGACCUUAAAAAUGAAGCAAAUGAAAAAGACUUAUGUGAUAGCAUUGAAGAUUGCAAUACCUUUUCAAGAGUGCCAAUUGUGGCUGAGGAAAAUGAGAAAAAAUGUUCAUCAGAAGAGGAUGAGGCAAAACAUAAUGAAAAUCAUAAAGAUAUUACACACAGAAAAGUGGAUAGGAAAUUGAAGUCUUUUGUAUGUGAAGUAUGUGGCAAUAUUUUCUACAGAAAAUCACAUAUAGAGAAACAUAUGAGAGUACACACAAAAGAGAAGCCAUACAGCUGUGAAAUUUGCAGGAAAGUCUUCUCACAGGAAUUUGCUCUAGUAAGGCACGUGGGAGUACAUACAAAGGAGAAGCCAUAUAGGUGUGACAUUUGCAAAAAAGCCUUCUCACUUAAAUCUGAUUUAGUAAAACACAUAAGAGUACAUACAAAUGAGAAGCCAUAUACCUGUGAUAUUUGCAAAAAAGCCUUCUCUCAGAAAAGUAAUUUAGUAGUGCACUUGAGAGUACAUACAAAGGAGAAGCCAUAUAUCUGUGAUAUUUGCAAAAAAGCCUUCUCUCUGAAAAAUCAUCUUGUAGUGCACAUGACAGUACAUACAAAGGAGAAACCAUAUAGCUGUGGGAUUUGUAAUAAGGACUUCUCAGGUAUAUCAGGCUUAGUGAAUCACAGAAGGAUACAUACAAAGGAGAAACCAUAUGUUUGUGACAUUUGCGAAAAAGCCUUCUCUCAGAAAGGUUCUUUAGUAAGUCACAUGAGAAUACAUACAAAGGAGAAACCAUAUAGCUGUGAGAUUUGCAAUAAGGACUUUUCACAAAAAUUUGACUUAGUGAGACACAUGAGAGUACAUACAAAGGAGAAACCAUAUAAAUGUGAGCUUUGCAUUAAGAACUUUUCAUAUAGAUCUGGCUUAGUGAAACACAGAAGAGUACAUACAAAGGAGAAACCAUAUAUCUGUGACAUUUGCAAAAAAGCUUUCUCUCAGAAAAAUAAUCUAUUACAGCACAUGAGAGUACAUACAAAGGAGAAACCAUAUAUCUGCGACAUUUGCAAAAAAGCUUUCUCUCAGAAAGGUUCUCUGGUAAGCCACAUGAGAGUACAUACAAAUGAGAAACCAUAUAUCUGCGACAUUUGCAAAAAAGACUUCUCUCAGAAAAGUUCUCUGGUAAGCCACAUGAGAGUACAUACAAAGGAGAAACCAUAUAACUGUGACAUUUGCAAAAAAGCCUUCUCUCAGAAAUAUAAUCUAGUACUGCACUUGAGAGUACAUACAGAGAAAUUUGAGAUUUGCAAUAAAGACUUCUCAGAUAAGUCUUAGUGGAUCACAUUGGAGAACAUGCAGAGGAUAAGCCAUUUAUGUGUGGUGAUCACACAUAAAUUAAAUCUCUAGAAUAUAUUCUAGCACAACACAAGAGAGUACAUGCAAAUGAGCAACGUGCCUGAGGAUUCUCCAAGAAAUAUGAUUUAGUGAUUAUGUGUGGGCAUGCAAAGUCAAAGCUAUAUAAGCAUUCUCUUGGAAAGAAAGAAUACUCUAGUGUACAUAAAGAUAACAGGCUGAACAUGUAUGAGUUCUGUAGAUAUACCUUCACCCACAGAAGAAAUUUCAAGGGUACAUGAGAAUUAUGAAGGAUUAAAAUGAUCUACAAGGAAGGCUUCCUCUUGACAUUAUUGUGGCAGAUGCAUCAUAGAGUUUGAAGGUUCUCUUUUUUAACUUGUUAUUCAUAUGAUUUUGUUUAUGUGUAGUUUUGUGUAUUCUGACUUGUAUUUUCGUUUUCACAAAUUUAAUGUCACAGGGGCAGUCAAAAACAACCACUAUUU